UUCUCUUAUUCUUUCUGCAGUCGUCGCUCAAAGAUGAAGCAGCGCGUGGCCGUGAUCGGCGCCGGCUCUGCCGGGCUUGCUGCCGCCCACCAACUCGGCGCCAGGUCCGAAGAAUUCGAGUGCGUCGUUUUCGAGCAAUCCGACAAAAUCGGCGGCACCUGGGUAUACACGGAUCAAGUUGGUAAAGAUGAGUACGGCCUGCCCGUUCACUCAAGCAUGUACAAAAGUCUCAGAACUAAUCUACCAAAGGAGGUUAUGGGCUACCCCGACUACCCAAUUCCCGAGCAGGAAAAAUCCUAUUUGUACGCCAGGGAAAUUUUGCAGUUCCUCAACGACUACGCCGACCACUUUGACGUUCGAAAACUGAUCAAGUUCCGUCAUCACGUAGAAAAGGUCAGGCCCGUACCUGGGGAAAAAACUUGGGAGGUGACUUUCAAAGACUUGCCGACGAAUAAAACAGAAACGCAGAUAUUCGACGGUGUGAUGGUGUGCAACGGCCAUUACAACACGCCAUUCAUCCCCGAAAUCGCUGGCCAGGACAAGUUCACCGGAAAAGUUCUGCACAGCCACGACUACCGCGAGCCGCAGCCGUUUGAAAACCAGCGCGUAGUCGUGGUGGGCGCUGGGCCAUCCGGCAUGGAUUUGGCCCUGGAGAUCGCUCACUGUGCCAAGCAGGUGGUGCUCAGCCACCACAACCCCGAGCCAAUCAAGACUGUGUUCCCGUCAAAUGUCAUCCAAACGCCGGACAUUGUCAAGAUGGACGGAAAGAAAAUCUUUUUCAGAGACGGCAACUCGACCGAGGUCGAUGUCAUUUUCUACUGCACAGGGUACUGCUACAGCUUCCCAUUCUUGGACGAUGCAGUAGGCAUUUCUGUUAAAGAUAAUUGCGUGCAACCACUGUACAAACACCUCAUUCACAUCAACAAGCCGACGAUGUGCUUCAUUGGGUUGCCCUUCUACGUUUGCGCCUUCUCCAUGUUCGAUUUACAGUGUCGCUUCUAUCUUAAAGUUUUGGACGGCUCUCUGAAGUUGCCCUCCGCCAAGGAAAUGUUGGCUGACGCCGAGGCUGAGAAGCAGCGGCGCAAAGAACAAGGCCUCGGCCCGAGGCAGAGCCACAUGAUGGGCCCCAUGCAAGGCAAUUACUACGACGAAUUGGCGCGAGUCGCGGGAAUUGAGCCUCUGCCACCCGUGCUGACUAAACUGCACAACGACAGCUCGCAGAGAUUUUUAGACGACUUGUGCCACUACCGCGAGGACAUCUACCGAAUUGUCGACAGCGAGAAUUUCAUUCAAAUCAAAUAAAUUUGGAUUUUGUGCGACAACCAACCAAA